CUCUCUAUUCGACGAUUUGGUCAUGCUCUCCUGUACGCCAAAUCGCACCCGAGCUUUGCAAUGACUGGCAACUAGCUUGCGUGCUGGCGCUCUUUCAUUUAUGAUGUGCUUAUAAUCUUUUACCUACUUAAUUCAAUAGAACGUCAAGCGGAAACGGGCCCUGUAUAGUUGCAGUGGAGGUCACAUCUGCCUUUAGACGCCGCUGGCCCAAUCUAAGACGUGGACCAUUGGAACUGGCACAGCAGUCAAAAAUUGAUUCUCCCUAGGCUCCAUGAGGCGUCAAGUCCAGCAAGUGCACCGCUUGCAGCAGCAAGCAGAUGACUUCAUACCGGCCCAACUGCGCCAGUUUCCAGCAGCUGUAGAGCGGCUGCUCAGGCGUCAAGGGAAAAAUGUCGCAUCCCCCUUCCUCCGCACCACGUCUGCGCUAAAGUCCGUCAAGGAAAUGCUUACCUUGUUGCUGAACUCCAGUAUGAGCAGCGAAGAUGAUACCCUUCCUGCUUUGUUAUCCGAUUACGAGAUUACGUUGCUUCGCUUGGUCGGUGCGGGCGUGCGAGUGGCACCCGGCGACAUACUGGCGGACGCCGAUGGCACGUUAGGAUUGGACGUUAUCUUCAAUGCUACCGCCGUUCUUGCACACUACCUGGUGAUGUCACCGAUAGCAGCUUUGCCCUCUGGGCUGAAGCUGCUGCGCAUGCAUACUCUGCAGGCCUGCAGCCGCCAACUGGCUGCUGCCGCAGAUGUCAUGUACGCUGCGAAGUCACUGGGCGGCACAGCGCGUGCGCAACGGCAACAGGAAUUGGCUACCACCAUCGCACUUGGCAUACUGCGCUACAGCCUGAGGCUCCUGCAGGGCUUAAUUUGCUGCGCUGUCAAGCCAUUCGUUGAUGGUCCCAAAGCCCAGGCGUUGCAAGCACAACUGCGCAAGGAGUUUGCUGAAGCACUCGGAGACAGCUCUGUGAUGGAUCACGCAUCACGGCUGCUGCUGAUGGCUGCCGUGGUGCCGGAUGAUGCGGGCGGCACGCAUCAAGACCUCGUCGGCAAGCGCCUAGCGUCCCACGCCUUUGUGGGCUUGAUCAGUAUGGCGGACUCCUUUCGGGAGGAGCUCACUGCCGACAUGUUCAGGGCCAGCAGCAGCUCUUCCAAGGGCCUUACCUGCGAACCCGAGCUGCUGGUCCGGGUGCGGCGGCGGCUGUCAGGUUGCUGCACCCAGCACGCCAUGUUUGCUCAUGGUCUGGCGGCGCUGUGUGCAAUGGACGGCGGCUCCUCCUACAGCCUUCCCCCCGAGGUGCUGCGGGGCUUCCCAGCUGUGUAUGACACGGAGGAGCGACCGACGAGCUGGGACGGCCUCGCCACGCUGCUGUACGCCCUCGAAAACCGCCGGAGUGACAUGCCGCCGGGUCGCCGGGCGGCGCUGGAUGUGUCCAUGCGGUUGGGGCGUCUGGCGGUGGCGUCAGGGCGGGCUUGGGCGGAGCAGCCCUCCCCGGCCGCCGUGCUAGCGGAGGUUCUAGCGGGGAUACAGCGUGGCAGGAUACCACCCGCACCCGUCUCCGAUGUCAAGGGGCCAUCGUUAUCCUGGGACAAGGUCCCCGCGUUGGCUGCUCGAGCCCUGCAGAGCGCUUGGCAGCAGGUGGCAGCGCAGCCCCCCGAGGCACCCGGCCGGGCGGCGGAGGUGGAGGCGUGGUGGCGGCUGGGCUGUGAGGCUGCGUCGGUGGAGAUGGACAAGGGGGGGACGCUGCAGGCGCUGGGGUUAGCGCUGGCGGAGCCCUUCCUCGCCGCAAUCCGGUCGGGCAACGCCGGUGUUUCUCUCCUGUCGCCCGCGCCGCCACUCGAGGUGUCAGCCGCGCUGUCAGGCGGUCUGCUGCCUUGCCUGGAGCGCCUGCUGCGUCGAGCGGGGAAUGCACCCGACGGGCCGCAGUCAAAGGUGCUGCAGGGCUUCCUUUGGAAGGGAAACGGAAAGCCCAGUCUGCUGGACUCGUGUUUCCCGGGGCUGCUCCUGUCGUACGGCGAUGUACGACAGACUGCGGCGCUGGUGACGAGCUUAAAGAAGGUGCUCAUGAAGGGGGCUGCGGGCGGCAGUGCGGUGAAACUGCAUGCCACGCUGUUGUCCUUGGCAGCGGCUGCACUUAAAUGGAUGCGGACACUGCUGCUGGCGGAGUUCCAGCGCGGCAACAGCGGCUGCGACGGCGUGCAGCGGCUGCAGUCCGUUGCGUCGUACGCGGCUGCCGAGCUGCUGCCUGCAUGCGGCCAGCUGCUGCGGCUGCGCCUGCCGGCUCCCCAGCUGCAGCUGCCCUUGGACCAGGCGGACGUUACCGUACUUGAAGUCCUGUCCCAUUGGCUGUCGCUGCUGGCUCUUCGUUGCGGGGACUGCGACGUGCACACUGCUGCCGCCUCCGUUGCUGUCGCCCCUCGUGACGACGGCGGGUGGCGGCCGGUGCUGCUGGGCACCGCGCUGCAGCUGGCGCCUGUGGUGAUAGCUGGUUCAGCGGCCCCUUGCCGGAGCCAGGCGCGCAGCCUGGUGGCGGCUUUCCGGUCGGUGGCUGGGGCCUUCCCGCCGGAGGUCAGGCAGGCGGCGCUGGGGGCAGCAGCGGAGGGCGACCAGGGAAUAGCCGUGCAGGAGGGUGCGGCUGCCGCUGCUGCUGCCUUCGCCUCCUCCGAUUCGGCCUCCCAUGUCGCCGGCCUGCCCUGGGGGCCUGAGCAGCUGCGUGGCCUCGUGCCGCUGCUUGUGGCCGACGGCGAGGAGGACUUGGCGGAGGACGCGGAGGAGCUGGCUGGGCAGUUGGACUCCUGGAGUGCGGGCGGGCGGGGAGAAGGGGAAGCGGACGCGGCCGGCCGUCCCACCUUUCCUGCGGCGGCGGCUGUGUGUGCGACUGCGACGGCGGAGGCGGACGUGGGUCGGUGCCUGCCGCCGGUGGGUGAGAUGCGGCGGCUGCUGCGCACGUGCGCCCACCCGGGAUGCGGCAACCUGACGGGGGAGAGCGAGGCGGAGCUGCCGCUGCGGGGGUGUGCGGGCUGCGGGGAGGUGGGGUACUGCAGUCGGGAGUGCCAGGUGGCGCACUGGCGGGCUCCAGGGGGGCACAAGGAGGCAUGCAGGCGGGGCUAGGCAGGGUAGCGGUGUGUCACAUUUGCCAACCGACGUUGCACACAGCUACAUGUUUGCGAGGAGGAAUGAACGAGGCUUGACAAUGCAUUGAUAUGCGUGUACAGUACGGUGUAGUGCGAUGUGGCCUCUGCUGGGCGCUAGGGCCGACGGUGGUGUCAUGCUGCCGUCAGUGUGGGGCAAGUGUCCGUUCACAGGACCGUUGGGCGACGUAACUGUAGCAAGUGCGUGACUGUUCCUGUGGAUCGUCUAAUGGGGUAGACCGUUAGGUUUUGGCCUGACCUUGCCGUACAUUGAUACGUCCUAAGGGAAAUCAAAUGGCAGUGUGUGGGAAGAGGCACCUUCUGGCUAGAUGGCACAGGGCCGACUGGGGCCCUGUGCGUUUGCGAGUUGCAGCUCUCGCUCCAGUUGCGGAUGGAAAGUUGUGAAGGGUGGCCGAGGCGCGACUUUAGGCGGUAUGCUGUAGUAUGGCACGGUAUGCAGCUGAUUUGCAGGAUGACGGAUUGUAUCUGGUGUGUCGGACGUCUUGUGGAAUCCGUUUGCGGUGGAACAUGCGCAUCUUCCGAUCGUCGUGUGAAUAGGAGGCUGUGGGCUUAGUCCUGAACCGGUCACAUGCGCGCCCGCUGCAGCGCCCGCUGAAGCAGCAUGACAGCAGCUCAGGGGCAGGGGUAGGUUGCCAAACACAGCGCAAACAUGUGCGGGCGCUUGAUUGUGUGGCUCUGCGGGACGCACGCACGAAGCCUUGCAGGAGGUGUUGUCCCUCGCGUAAAAACGUAAACCGCGAUUGUAUGCAAUAAAACAGGUAGCAAAGUUAAUCGGCGCUCUGUUCAUUUUGCUGUCUUUUCGUUGCCGACGAAACGUCGUGUCGGCCGAGCAGUUGUGGCCUGAACGAUUUCAGUGCUGAUGGGACAUUGGAACGGAGUUUUUUCCUAUGUUUAUACAGUUAGCAUUCGCAGAAACAUAAAAGCUGCAUAUACUAGAAGGUAACUAGCGCUCGGGUUAAUUACUAAGGCUUUUCACCGAACGGCUUUUAAAGUCUCCGGCGAAACGGAGGCAGCUAUGACUCGCUUGCAAUU